AUGGGUAAUCAAUGUUGUGGAAAUUAGCCAAUCAAUAGAGAUGCAAAUGAAUAGGCAUUUGCUUAAGCUAUUCCAGUAAGAUUAUAAUAAAAACUAAAACCUGAAUCAUAACGAUUUCAUUAAGUAUUAAUAUCAAGUGGUGAAAAUGAUAAGAAAGGUAUAACAGAGAUUGAUCUAUAGAUAUCUUUUCUAAUGAAAGACAAUAAGAUUUCAUUUUAAACCUUAAACCAUAUAGUCAUUUAGCCACUAACGAUUCUGUUGUUGUAUCUAUACGAGUAGUUUGUCAUGACUAUUCUUACAAAGAUGAAUUAGAUUGGUAUAUAGAUGAAGUAUAAUGAUUGUUAAUAAUAUAGUCUGUUAUUAUUGAUCCUAAUUGUUUUGAAACAUCAUUAUUAAGAGUUAUUGACAAGAAAACAGGUAAUAAAUAUACAUUAAGAGUGAUCAAUUUUAAUGAUUAUGAAGAUUAUGAAUUCAAAUAAGCUUUAUAUUAAAUCUAUAUCAUGUAAUUAAUUGGAAAUAAAUGUAAGAAUUUGAUAUAUUUACAUGAUUGUUACAUUUUAGAAAAUGAAGAUAAAGAAUACUCUAAAGGAUCAAUCAUUUUAUUAAUGGAAUAUUGUGAUUCAACAUUACAUGAAAUAAUAUCUUUUCGUAAAUUUCAUAAUUGGUAAUGGACAUCUGAUGAAAUAAGACAUGUAUUUGGUGAAUUAGCUUAAGCAUUAGGAUAAUUAGAAUAAUUAAAUAUUACACAUAGAGAUUUACGUCCUCAUAAUAUUUGGUAUUGUUCUCAAAGUAAAACAUAUAAAAUUGGAGGAUUUGAAGAAGCAAAACUUGUUAAAAAACCAUAAACUCUUCAUAAUUAAUUAUCUCUUAAUAAUUUAGGAAUCAAUAUCUAAUAAGAAAAUGAAGAAUUAUUAAAUACAAUUAGAGGUGUACCUGAUUAUUUACCACCAGAAGUAUAAAAAUAUGUAGAUGCAAGUGGUGCAUAAACUGUUGGAAGAUAUAAUCCAUUUUUAGCUGAUGUAUAUUAAUUAGGAUUAAAUAUUUUGAUGAUGGAUUAAUUGGAAGUUAAUUUUGAAAGUUCUGAAUUAAGAAAUGUAGUCAGAAAACUUAAUAAUUAAAGAAAUGGUAGUAGAGGUACUAGUAAUGAUUAUCAUGAUGUCUUAAAACUAAUGUUAGUAGGUGAUGAAUCUAGUCGUUUAACUCCUGCUGAAUUAUCAUUAUUUACUAAAUCAUAUUUAUCUGAAAUACCACUUAAUGAAGAUAAUCUUGUUGAAAGUAUGAAAUAUAAGAAAAAAUAUGCUGGAAUUGAAUCUACUAAAGUUUAUUAAUUAAUUGCUGUUGCCUAUUAUGAUCUAUUUGAAUGGGAAAAGUGGCUUGAAAAAAUGGAAGAAAUUUUAGUCACUUAUGAAAAUGCUAAAGAUGAUCUUCAUGCUGCAGAAGUUCUAUUUGAUAUUGCUAAUGGAUUUAUUGAUAUUAAUAAUUUGACUAGUGCUUAAGAUUAUUUUAUAAAAGCUAGUAUUCUAUAUAAUGAAAUUGGACAUUAAUUAAGAGAAUAAAACAAAUUAAAUGAAGCAUUAGAUAAUUAUGAAAGAGCCUUGGAUUGUAUUAGAAAAGCGUAAUUCGUUUUCUUAUAUGUAUUUUUAGUCAUAAUGGAGAUGACAGUUAUGAAGGUGCACUUCUAUUGGAAAAUCUAGCAAAUGGUUAUAGAUUAUAAGGAAAUCUAACUAGAGCUCGUUCAUUUCUAGAGGAAGCAUGUAGAAUAACUGAACAAGAAAAAGGAUCUGAUAGUCUAGAAUUUGCAAAAAUGAGCAUCAAUUUAGGAAAAGUUCAUUCCUUAUUAGGUGAUUAUAAACAUGCCCUUAAAAAAGUUAAAAAAGGGCUUAGGGUUACUGAAGGUUUAAUUAUACAUUUUAAUUUUAGGACAUGCUUCUGGUCAUUAAAAUUUAUAAUAGAGUAUGUUAAGUUAUAACAAUUAAAAUUAAUAAUUGUAAAAUUCAGCUUUGUUAUUAAAAGCAUAAGGAUUAACAAUGUUAGGAGAAAUUUAACGAUUAAAAGGAUCUUUAGGGAAAGCUAAGAAAAAUAUAGAAGAAGCAUUAGCUAUUAGAGAAAAAAUUUAAGGUUCUGGUAAUUUGGAAGUGGCUUCAACAAUAGAAGUCUUAGGAAAUGUAUUUUUUGAAAUGGAAGAUUAUCAUUAAGCAAAAUCAUAAUAUGAAAAAGCAUUGGUUAUUAAAAAGAGUAAAUUAGGAGAUACUCAUGUUGAAGUUGCCCUAACAUUAAAUAAUAUAGGAAAUUCUUGUAAACAUUUAGAAGAAUAUGAUAAAAGCUAAAAAUUCUUUGCUGAUGCAUUAGUUAUUUUAAAGUAAUCUUAAUCAGGUGAUGAUCAUCCACUUGUUGCCACUACUUAUGGGAAUCUUGGUAUCUUAUUAAAAUAAAUUGGAAACAUUUAAUCAGCUUAAUAAUGUUUGACAAAAUGUAUACAAAUAUUAGACAAAACACUUCCUAAAAAUCAUCCUGACUCUUUAUUUUAUAGAGAAUAAUUGCAAGAAAUUUAAUAAUGAUAUUUAUUAUUAUUUAUUU